AUGACUAUAAAAACUUUUUGAACUCCAAAGAACAAAUCUGACGAUGAAAAAUUUUUCGAAAAUCAAAAACUGUGGAAGCCAAAUCAAUAUUUUUGAUUUUCCAUUACUUUUUGGAUGAUAAAUUUUUGUAAACUCAAAACAAUUUUCACGUGCAAUGUUUUACUCUUUCAAGAUUUAUUUUGCUGAUCUUGUUGUUCACGAGUAAGAAUGUUUUGCUUUCUGGAUUGUCUGUUGGUGCUCUGCAUGCAUUUAGUACACUCAUUAUCUUUUACUAUGAAAAUUACAGCUCAGCUUUAUUUUCAGCUGUUUUUUGAGAGUGAAUAG